AUGCCUCUCGUUUCCAUUCCAGCAUUUCCAAAUUUCCUCAUCCCAUCUCCGUCAUUCCCUAAACGACAGUACAAAACACCCGAAAGCCAUGAUGUCGUGGACAAGUCAAUAGAAAAUGCGAACCCCCCUCAAUCUUCGGAGAACAAUAUUCGAGCCUUGAGAUCUUCACACUUGUCCUACAUUCGAUGUGCUCGCUGUGGAGCCCAUAUCUGCCAUACAUCUCAAAUAGUCAGCAAGGGGUUCACAGGCCGUCAUGGUCGUGCCUAUCUAGUCUCACCUACAAAUUCUACCUCGUCGAAUGGAUAUCAGCAAACAAACGAUACCGCUACACUAACAAAUACAAUUACCCAAAGGGCUGUUCCUCGUCAGUUAGUCACUGGCGCUCAUACAGUCGCCGAUAUAAACUGCAUAAUCUGCGGCAGCGUGCUAGGAUGGAAAUACAUCGCAGCAGAGGAAGAAGCGCAGCGGUACAAAGUCGGUAAAUAUAUCAUUGAAACGAAACGGAUUACGGCUUCUUCGUGUUGGGAAUUCCAGGAUGAUUUCCCUUCUCCUACCUCGGAUGAUGGUCCAGCUUCUUCGUUGACGAUGAGGCCUUCUGUCACCAGUGAUGAUUACUCCUCGGAUGUGGAGUUUGAUAGUCAGGAUGAAGAUGAGUGCGAGGAUCUGUUUGCCGGCGUCUGGAGUCCAGGCCUUGCAAGACGACGAAGGAAUCUGAAAUUGACCCGAAAGUCAUGA